AUGAAGUUUCUCGCGAGCGUGCUGGCUGUCGCGACAGCCGUCCAAGCCCAUUACACAUUCCCAAGGCUUGUCGUCAAUGGCAAAGCCGAAGAGAGCGACUGGUCCGUCACGCGCAUGACGAAGAACGCCCAGAGCAAGCAGGGCGUUUUGAACCCGACGAGUCCGGAUAUCCGCUGCUAUUCGUCGCAGAACGCGGCCAGCAUCGCGACCGUGCCCGCCGGCGCUACCGUCCACUACAUCUCAUCGCAGCAGGUCAACCACCCAGGGCCUACGCAGUAUUAUCUCGCAAAGGUACCGGCAGGGGCAUCAGCAGCGUCCUGGGGCGGCGACGGUGCCGUCUGGUUCAAGUUCUCCACUACGAUGCCAUCCGUGGACGCGAACAAGCAGAUGACUUGGCCCGGCCAGAAUGAAUACAAGACACACAACGCGACCAUCCCCUCAGACACUCCGGACGGCGAAUACCUCCUCCGCGUGGAGCAAAUUGCCUUGCACCAGGCCAUGCAGGCGAACGGGGCGCAGUUCUACCUCGCGUGCUCGCAGAUCCAGAUCACUGGUGGCACCAGUAGCGGGAAGCCGGGGCCCCUUGUCGCGUUGCCGGGGGCGUACAAGACCAACGACCCGGGCAUCUUGGUCAACCUGGGGUCCAUCCAGCCAGAUGCGUACAUCCCGCCAGGGCCGGCUGUGUGGCUUGGCUGAGAGCUGGUAAGGUCGAAAUGCUGCUGGGAUGUGGGCUUGUGGAGUUCAAGUAUAAAGAUCUAGAUGAAGAGAACCAAGUCUUUCUUGAGUAGUUAAUG